AUGAACAUUCAGCCUGCGUUUUGUGACAGAGGAAAACAGCUAGCAGCUCAAGCCUUGUUGCUUCGCAUCAACAUGAAAAUACACUUCAAGUUGUGCACACUGCAUAUCAGGUUUAACACCAUGGACAGAUUCAAAUCUCUGAGGUUAAACUUGAAGUCCUAUCCUGCCGGAAUUUCAAAGGUUUUCGCGGGGAAGAUCGUAGAGGAGCACGUUUGGAGCUACCUUAGCAGUAUUCAUCCCAGCGAUUGGUGUGUUGUCGGUAAUAUGAAGGCAACAACAAAGGAAUUAAAGUGGAUAGACGAUAACUGGUCUUCUAUCCCAAAGCACGGCGACGCUUUGCCUCUGCUUGGUAUCCGCACUACGAGAGCUGUCGAAGGAGAGAACAACGGGCUGCUAUGGGGACGUGUGCGGACCCAACUUGUGCUAGGUUCAGUCAUGACGUAUUGUACAAGAGCACUCAAAGUUUUGCAGAAGCCCGCGGUUUAG